UUGGAUAAUAGAUCAUUUUCCACUCUUUGAAAAAGAAGCCAUUUCGUCAUACGGGCGAAAUUCCUCUGACCGUGCAGGCAAUAUUGGACCUAACGUCGGACGCCUUUAGGCGCUCUUAGUAAUAAUGAUACAUUAUAAAAUAAAUGAUAAUAGGUACACUUUUCCUCAGUUUUUCUCAAGCUUUAUAUAUAGCCAUGCUGAUAAUGAUACAUUAUGAAAUAAAUGAUAAUAGGUAUACUUUUCCUCAGUUUUUCUCAAGCCGUUCCGCACGUAGAGUCCUCGGAGAACUUCCAGGUUUACUGGAACGUCCCAACUUUUAUGUGCCAUCAAUAUGGGAUGUUCUUCGAGGAGGUUUCCCAGGCUUUUGGGAUCCUCCAAAACGCCGAAGAUCGAUUCCGAGGAGAUCGGAUAGCUAUUCUGUACGAUCCUGGGAUUUUUCCGGCACUGAUAAAAGAAGCCAAUGGGAAACUGAUGCGGAGGAACGGAGGGGUGCCGCAAGAAGGAAACUUGACGUGGCACUUGCAGCUUUUCAUGAAGCACCUCUCGGAGCAAAUCCCAGACGAGGAUUUUCAAGGAUUAGGAGUGAUCGACUUCGAAAGUUGGAGGCCGAUAUUCCGACAGAAUUGGGCGUCUUUGGCCCCAUAUCGCGAUCUGUCGAUCGAUAUAGAGCGGAAUCGACACCCCCUUUGGGAUAAAAAAUCCCUCGAGAAGGAAGCUGCGAGGCGUUUCGAAAAAGCUGGGAGGCUGUUCAUGGAGGAGACUCUCAGGGUGGCGAAAAACUUCCGACCAAAGGCCACGUGGGGGUAUUAUGCUUACCCAUACUGCUUCAAUCUUACCCCAUACGAGCCAGGAACAAGAUGCGAUCCUCAGGCUUUGAAGGAGAACGACAAAAUGUCUUGGCUGUUCGAUCAUCAGCAAGCUUUAUAUUCCUCGUUAUAUUUACGGUCAACCCUGAAGACAUCGGAGAAGGUGGGCUUGAUCAGCGGAAGAGUAAAGGAAGCUCUGAGAGUUUCGAGAAGAUCCAAAUCGAAACCCAUAGUUAUUCCCUACUUUUGGUACAAGUACCAAGACAAGAGGGACGUCUUCCUGGACAUGGAGAACAUCGACAAUGGUCUAAGGGAAAUCGAGAACCUCGGGGCCAAUGGAGUCAUCAUUUGGGGCAGUUCGAAUGAUCUGAACAAUAGAACAAAGUGCCAGGAUUUCAGGGACUACCUCAACAAUGUUCUGGGUCCGAUUGCUAAGAGGCUGAAGGACACCAAGAGCAGAAAUUUGUUUAAAAAUCUCGGAAAUGCAGAGAUCAGUUCAGAAGAGGAAGUCUAUCUUCAAGGAAACGAAUCUGAUGAGAACGACCUCAGCAGCAACGAGCGGGAUGAAACGAUUUUAGGAAACGACGUUGCUGGAACUAUCUCGCAACAUGGCCGGGUUGCUGGAAGACUUUUUAAGGACGAAGAUGUUAGCAGGGAAGAAAUAGAGUCGAGUACAAGAUCGAGUUGA